AUCUUUAGUUUUAAUGACAAAAAAAAAAAAAAAAAGAAUCAAUCUCUCUCGCAAAAUCAAUGGAGUCGCUUACGCUUCGGCAAAUUUCUCUCUCAUUUGCUACUCUCUGUCAAUCUUAAUCACCCAACAAACGAAAACCACGAGAAUUCGUCAACCCCCCACAAAAAAAUCUUCUCAGAAUCUACUUCAAUUAGCAACCAUUGUCCUUUAAACCUACCCUUUUUCCCUCUUCUCUCUCUUUUGUGUUCCUCAUUGCUGGCACAGGUGCUUGGAGACGUGAUCGUGCUGGUAUCCUCCUUCAUAUGAGUUCUUAACUGUCUUUGUUAUAUAGGUCCAAUUCGUACUCACAGUCAAUAAGCGAAGUCAUGGACCGAAAGUCAGGUACUGAAAGGCAUGUUGAGAACUCGGAGGAUGAGAGGAAGAAUAAGUCGGGAUCUCUAAAGAAGGUCUCAUCUAAGUUGAGGAAUUCUCUAUCCAAAAGGGGCAGGAGAAGCAGUAAAGUCAUGUCUGUUUGCAUUGAGGACGUUCGUGAUGCUGAGGAAAUGCAAGCGGUUGAUGCCUUCCGCCAAACUCUUAUUCUCGAAGAGUUACUUCCCUCAAGACAUGAUGACUAUCACACAAUGCUAAGAUUUUUGAAGGCCAGGAAAUUUGACAUUGAGAAAGCAAAGCAAAUGUGGUCUGAUAUGCUCCAAUGGAGGAAGGAAUUUGGUGCUGACGCUAUCUUGGAGGAAUAUGAUUUCAAGGAGCUUGAUCAAGUCUUAGAGAUCUACCCACAAUGCUACCACGGGGUUGAUAAGGAAGGAAGGCCUGUUUACUUUGAAAAGCUUGGACAAAUCGACUCCAACAAAAUGUUGCAAGUUACAACCUUAGAUCGCUAUCUGAAAUACCAUGUGAGAGAGUUUGAGAGGUGCUUCGCUGAGAAGUUCCCAGCCUGCUCUUAUGCAGCAAAGAAACACAUUGAUCAAAGCACAAGUAUUCUUGAUGUGGCUGGAGUGGGGUACAAACAAUUUAACAAGGCAGCAAGAGACCUCAUUGGUCGCAUUCAGAAGGUCGAUGGUGAUAAUUAUCCUGAGACUAUGUGCCGAAUGUUUAUCAUCAAUGCUGGUCAGGGAUUCAGACUUUUGUGGAACACUGUCAAGGGCUUCCUUGACCCAAAAACUACUGCAAAGAUCCAUGUACUAGGGAACAAGUACCAGAGCAAUCUGCUUGAAGUAAUUGAUGCCAGUGAAUUGCCAGAGUUUCUUGGUGGGAAAUGCAAAUGUGCAGGUGAAGGAGGAUGUCUUCGCUCAGAGAAAGGCCCGUGGAAGGAUGCUGAGAUAAUGAGGAUGAUUCAAAACGACAAAAACGGGAGGUUGAAUUCCAGUCCUUUAGCUGCUGACGAGAAAACAAUCUCUGAGGAUGAGAUAGUGUAUCCAAUGAAGAAAGAGUCCUUCCGUGGAGAGAAAGAUUCUCACUCUCCUAACCCUCGAAAUCUUAUAGAGCAUCCACAACUAUCUCCUGUUCCUGAAGAAUUUCACAGUUCCAAUUUCCAGGAGCAGUCCAUUCAAGGAAAUUUCCCUACUCCUGACAAUGAUAUCCCCAUGGUUGAUAAGGUUGUGGACGCGAGCUAUAACAAAGAAGCAUCCAGUGGAAAAUCUGCCAUUGCCAGAGAGUCUCAAGUGCCUGAGAAGGUCGUUGAUGCCGCGAUGGACCAAAAGAUGCCUAUAUUCAUGCAGCAGCAGCUACCAGUGACUGUGCCUUCUGUUUCCAUGGCUGAAUUCUCCGCCGUCACUAAGCGUCUUGGAGAAUUAGAGGCGAAGCUGAAUAUGAUGAGCUCGAAGCCACCUGAGAUGCCCUUUGAGAAGGACCAGAUGUUGAAUGCUGCAACGAGUCGAGUGGAUAAAUUAGAGACGGAGCUUCAGGCAACAAAAAAGGCUCUCGAGGAUUCUUUAAAACGCCAAGAGGAACUUCUUGCUUAUGUUGAGAAGAAGAAGAAAAAGAAGGGAUUUUUUGCUUGGUCAUCUGCCUCCUCUAAAUCUGCUGCUUAGUCCUGAUUGGUUGAAGAUCCUAUUUUGCUGGUAGAUGUAUAUGGCAAUGGAAGCUACAGAGCUGUUACUCUGAGGAAUGAUUAUACUCAUUUAUAGUUUGUGAGUUCAAAAAACAAAUCCAAGGUUCGGGAUAAUAAAAUGAAAAAAAGUUAAUAUAUUUAAAUCAUGAUCUUUUUGAGAUUGAUGAUCUCAAGUAAACUUUGAUCUCUAUGAAAUUUUUUUUAUAUA